AAGGCUUUUCGAAUCCCUAUAUACCCCUCCCGCAUAAUAGGUACUAGUUUUGGGUACAAAAACUUGCUCCAGACUUUGAUAAUAACAUGGUACAGCCCAGCGGCUGUAUAAAUUACUAUCAGGACGCACAGGGCACAGCCAUAAAGAGCGAGAGAGAUAGAGAUAACUAAAGCAGUAUGUGAUAGCAUGCCCGGAAUUUUUCUGAUUUUUUUUUCUCCCGAUUCUGUUCGAAUUUCGAUUUUGUUAUUUUGGUCAGACAAGAUUGACUUGCAGUUGUCAGUUGGCCGACGAGAAGAGUGGCUGUUCGAUCGCGACUUUCGAUUUCGUUCGUUUCUUCAUCACCAGUCUGUUGAGAUCCGUCAAAGUCGCAACAUCAUCUUCGAAAUGUGGUUGCUUCUGCCCAUUCUUCUAUAUUCGGUGGUAUUCCUCACCGUUCGCCACAUUUACAGCCACUGGCGACGCCGGGGAUUCCCCUCGGAAAAGGCCGGGAUCACAUGGAGUUUCCUGCAACGGGCAUAUAGAAGGGAAUUCCGACACGUGGAGGCCAUCUGCGAGGCCUAUCAAUCGGGCAGGGAUCGUCUGCUGGGAAUCUACUGCUUUUUCAGGCCGGUUCUUCUAGUUCGAAAUGUGGAACUGGCCCAAACGAUACUGCAGCAAUCGAAUGGACACUUCAGCGAACUUAAAUGGGACUAUGUCAAGGGUUAUCGAAGGUUUAAUCUUCUAGAGAAACUCGCUCCCAUGUUUACUACCAAACGUUUGUCUGAAAUGUUCGGGCAGGUCCAAAAAGUGGGUGAUCAUUUAAUUAAACAUUUGAUGGAGAAGGAACAAAUGCAAGCAGGGAUUUUGGAAGUGGAUCUUCAGCAAAUACUAAGAGUUUAUUCAGUUAACAUCAUUGGCAAUCUGAUUUACGGCUUGGAUGUCAACAACUUUGAGCAAAAGGAUCAUAUAUUAACCAGCUACCUGAGCCAUGGACAGGCUUCAAUUCAAUCCUUCACUUUAAGUCGCCUGCCCCAGAAAUCUUCAUUUACCUACCGCCUAAGAGAUCUCAUUAAACAAAGCGUAGAAUUACGCGAAGAUCAUGGACUGAUACGAAAAGAUAUUCUACAAUUACUAGUCAGAUUUAGAAAUGGAAAUGAAGUCAGUGGCGAUAAAUGGCAGUUGGAAACGAAUAAUGAUACAGAAAAACUUUUGUCCAUUAAACGCUUGUCUAAAGUGGCUGAGGACCUCUUAAAAGUAUCUCUAGAUACAGUGGCUUCAACUAUUACACUCACACUUUAUGAAAUUCUGCAAGCACCCUUGAUUGUGGAGAAACUUCAAGCGGAAAUCAAGGAACUUAGCAAUGAAAAUGGACAGCUUAAAUUUGAAGAACUGGAUGGUCUUAAGUAUAUGGAUAUGUGCCUGAAGGAAACUGUUCGCAAAUACCCGCCUUUACCAAUUAUUGAACGCAUUUGCCGCAAAACCUAUUCCCUGCCAAAUUCCAAAUUUACAAUAGACGAAGGAAAGACGUUGAUGGUUCCUUUGCUGGCCAUACACAGAGAUGAAAAGUAUUUCAGUGAACCCAUGAAAUAUAAGCCUCUACGAUUUUUGCUAUCUGAAAAUGAUGCAAGCCAGCGAAAAGAUAAAACCAAGAGCAACGCUUUCAUAGGAUUUGGAAUUGGAGGAGCUCAGUGUGUGGGUCAAAACUUUGCCAAGUUGGUAAUUAAAGUCGCUCUGAUCAAGCUCCUGCAAAACUUUCGCCUGGAAUUGGAUCCCAAACUGGCCGAAACCCUGGAAGUUUCCCAUCAGCCGGCUCCCUUUAUACACACAAAGGAUGGACUGAAAGUCAAGUUGAAGAGACGCGAAAUAAAACCGAAAUUUUAUCGCUAAGCUAAGUUAGGUUAGGUAUACUACAUAUAUGUAUGUGUGUCCUUUAAGCUGAUAAGUUCUUUAAUUUGUGCAGGUUUUUCAACACUUUGUCGUCUGUUCGCGACACCUGAAAUUAUGCUAUAAAUAAAAUUCAGUAUAUUAUGAG